AUGGAAGUUACCGAUGAAAACUUAGCUACCUUAGCAAACUAUUUGCAACAAACUUUAAAUCCCGAUCCCAACGUCAGACGACCCGCUGAAAAAUUUCUGGAAGGCGUUGAAGUUAACCAAAAUUACGCUAUUCUAUUGCUUCACCUAAUUGAUAAGGACACAGUGGAUUUGACCAUCAGGAUAGCGGGAGCAGUUGCCUUCAAAAACUACAUUAAAAGAAAUUGGGCUGUGGAAGAAGAUGGUGUUGACAACAUCCAUGCAAAUGACCGCGGUGCUAUAAAAACUCUCAUAGUAACAUUAAUGCUGAAGUCACCAGAGCCAGUGCAGCGACAGUUCAGUGAUGCCGUAUCUAUAAUUGGAAAAUAUGAUUUCCCAGAAAAAUGGCCGGGCCUCAUAGCUGAAAUGGUAGAGAAGUUUGGUACAGGAGAUUUCCAUGUAAUUAAUGGGGUGCUCAGAACUGCCCAUUCGCUUUUUAAGCGGUAUAGAUUUGAAUUUAAAUCACAGAAGUUGUGGGAGGAGAUCAAGCAUGUCCUCGAUAACUUUGCAAAACCAUUGACAGAUUUGUUUGUGGCAACCAUUGACCUUACUACCAAACAUGCAGACAAUCAACAAGCAUUAAAUGUAAUUUAUGGUUCACUUGUAUUAAUUUGCAAAGUCUUCUACUCCCUCAAUUAUCAAGAUCUGCCAGAAUUCUUUGAAGAAAAUAUGCAUAUAUGGAUGCCGAACUUACUCAACCUACUACAAGUGAAGGUGCCACUCUUAGAAGCUGAUGGUGACGAAGACAAACCUGGAGUAAUGGAGCAACUACGUACAGAAGUGUGCGAGUGUGCUGCCCUAUACGCGUUAAAAUAUGAAGAGGAAUUUGGCCCCCAUGCACCCUCUUUCGUCACAGCAGUGUGGACAGUAUUGCUGGCUACUGGCCCCCAGGCCAAAUAUGAUGCUUUGGUGUCAAAUGCACUGACAUUCCUAGCUAAGGUGGCAGAGAAGAGAAGCUAUAAAAAUUUGUUUGAAGAUCCAGGAACGCUGAGCAGCAUCUGUGAGAAAGUCGUCAUACCAAAUAUGGAGUUCCGAGAGUCUGACAUGGAGCUGUUCGAAGACAACCCAGAGGAGUAUGUGCGGAGAGACAUGGAGGGCUCCGACGUGGACACGAGACGGCGCGCCGCCUGCGAUCUGGUGCGCACCCUAGCGCAGCACUACGAGGAGAAGAUGAUGCACAUCUUCGGCCAGUACGUCCAGCUGAUGCUGGCGAAGUACGGGGAGUGCGGGCCGGCGGCGUGGCGCGGCAAGGACGCGGCGCUGUUCCUCGUGACGUCACUGGCGGCGCGCGGCGGCACCCAGGCGGCGGGCGUGACGCGCGCCUCGCCGCUAGUCGACCUCGCGACCUUCGCGGCGGCGCACGUGCUGCCCGAGCUGCGGCGGGCGCCCGUGACCGAGUUGCCCGUGUUGAAGGCCGACGCGAUCAAGUACAUCAUGACGUUCCGAUCGUUGCUGCCGAAGGAGGUCGUCACCACUGCUCUACCACUGCUGAUCGAGCACAUCUGCGGGCGCGGUGUGGUGUGCACGUACGCCGCUUGCACCGUGGAGAAGCUGGUGGCCGGCGGGAUGGUGGACAAGCGGCUGCUGGAGCCGCAGGCGCCCAAACUGCUCGCGGCGCUGUUCGCCACCAUCGGCGACGACGCGGACCCGGCCGACCACAACGAGUACGUCAUGAAGGCGAUCCUGCGGACGAUAUCGUGCCUGCAGGAAGCCGCGCUGCCGUACUUGGGCGACGCCCUGCCGAAGCUGGCCCAUAUGCUGUCCGUCGUGGCGAAGAACCCCUGCAAGCCCCACUUCAACCACUAUCUGUUCGAGACGCUCUCCCUGGCCGUGGCAUUAGUGACCAAAUCUAACCCGAACGCAAUAUCCGCUUUCGAAGAUGCCCUCUUCCCGAUAUUCCAAGAAAUUCUCCAAAAUGAUGUUCAAGAGUUCAUGCCGUACGUGUUCCAAAUGCUGUCGCUGCUGCUCGAGCUGCGGGGCGGCGGCGGCGGGGGCGGUGCGGGGGGCGGUGCGGGGGCGGGCGAGGGCGACGGCGACGCGUACGGCGCGCUGCUGCCGUGCCUGGUGGCGCCGCCGCUGUGGGAGCGGCCCGCGAACGUGCGCCCCCUGGUGCGGCUGCUGUGCGCCUUCGUGGCGGCGCGCGCGCCCCUCGUGCUGCGCUCCGGCAAGCUGAAUGCGAUGCUGGGCGUAUUCCAGAAGCUUAUUGCGUCGAAGACUAACGAUCACGAGGGCUUCUAUCUUGUUCAGACAAUGCUCUAUAAGCUGGGAAAGCAGGUGAUGGAGCAGUACGAGAAGCAGAUCGUCACGCUGCUCUUCCAGCGGCUCUCCUCGUCGAAGACCACGAAAUACGUGCGCGGCCUCAUAGCGUUCCUCGGCUUCUACGCGGCGCACUUCGGGGCCGACCCGCUCAUCGAUCUAGUUGAGUCCGUUCAGCAGAACAUGUUCGCUAUGUACGUGGAGCGCGUGUUGAUCCCCGACCUGCAGAGGGUCACCGGCACCCUGGAGCGGAAGGCGGCGGCCGUCGGCUGCGUCAAGCUGCUCUGCGAGUCUGCCCACUUCAGGCACGGCUCGCUCGCCUACUUGUGGCUGAACGUUCUGCAGACGCUGAUCUCGCUGUUCGAACUGCCGGCCGACGAGUCGUCGCUGCCGGAAGACCACUUCGUGGAGGUGGACGAGCCGGCGGGCUACCAGGCGCAGUACGCGCAGCUAACGUGCGCGCGCGGCGCCUCCAGUGACCCCUUCGCUGCCAUCACGGACCCCAAACGCUACCUGGUGGAGAGUCUGGGCAACAUGGCGCGCCACUGGCCCGACGUGAUGCCCCAGAGGAUCGCCGAGCUUGAUCAGCCCCACCGCCAGGCCCUGCAGAUGUACCUCCACACGUACAGCAUACAGAUUUGC